ACUGCUGCAUGGUCAUAUUUUUCCUGCGUAUACGCUUCUCAAUACGUGUAUUAAUUAUAUUCAAAAGAAAGGCUUUGUCUGGUUAAAACCCAAAUGUGGAUUAUCAUUGUGAAAACCGAAACUGUUAGAGAGCAAAAACAAGAACAUUUACUGUCUCUGGACUGUUUCAAAACGACUGAUAAGCAUCCGAUUGGUACGUGUGUGAUAGAGUGACACGGAACGGCAUUUUCCCGUUAUAUUCAAGUCACAACCUCUUGGAAAAACCAUUCAAUCCGUGGUCUUAAUUUGAGGAUUCAAACGCUACAUAAAACUAGGCUAAAUUAUUUAUGACCCGUUGAAGUGGCUGGGUUAAAGGAAUAUAUUGUAAACAACCAUUCUUGUUCCAAAGCCCAUUGAAGAGGAUUACAUCACCGCAAUGGUGGUUUUCAAUGGGUUAUUGAAGAUCAAGAUUUGUGAGGCGUUGGACUUGAAACCGACGGCUUGGUCUCUCAGGCAUGCGGUUGGCCCAAAAACCCAGACUUUUCUCCUAGACACCUACAUCGCACUAAACGUGGAUGACUCGCGUGUGGGCCAAACCUCCACCAAACAGAAAACCAACAGCCCUGCGUGGAACGACGAGUUCGUUACGGAGGUGCAUGACGGAAGGAAAAUCGAACUGUCGGUGUUUCACGACGCGCCAAUUGGAUAUGACGAUUUCGUGGCUAACUGCAUCAUACAGUUUGAAGAUAUAUUGCAGAAUGGCAGUAAGCACUACGAGGAAUGGAUUGACUUGGAGCCUGAGGGGAGGGUGUACGUCAUCAUGGACCUAUCUGGAUCGUCUAGUGAAGCUCCAGGCUCCAGUGAGAAUGCAGAGGAGCGUGUGUUUCGGGAGCGCAUGCGGCCUAGGAAGAGGCAGGGUGCCGUACGAAGGAGGGUCCAUCAGGUCAACGGACACAAGUUCAUGGCCACAUACCUACGACAGCCUACCUACUGCUCCCACUGCAGAGAUUUUAUAUGGGGUGUGAUCGGGAAACAGGGCUACCAGUGUCAAGUGUGCACGUGUGUAGUCCAUAAGCGCUGCCACGAGCUCAUCAUCACAAAGUGUGCUGGGAUGAAGAAAGACAAAGAGGACACUACACCAGAGGAGGUUGGAUCCCAGCGGUUCAGCGUUAAUAUGCCUCAUAAGUUUGGUAUUCACAACUUCAAAGUCCUAACCUUCUGUGACCACUGUGGAUCACUACUGUGGGGACUGCUCAGACAAGGGCUGCAAUGCAAAGUCUGCAAGGUGAAUGUACACAGACGCUGUGAAAGUAACGUGGCCCCUAACUGUGGGGUGGACGCGAGGGGAAUUGCCAAGGUUCUGUCUGACCUGGGGGUCACACCAGACAAGAUCUCCAGCAGUGCCCAGAGGAGGAAAAAGAUAACCCAAGAACCCCAGCAGCCGUUACCAUGUAUCCCCCAGACAGAGGAGGACCGAUCCAAAUCGGCCCCCACCUCCCCAUGUGACCAAGACCUGAAAGAGUUGGAGAACAUCCGCAAGGCGCUGUCGUUUGAGCAACGUGGACAGGAACACAAGUCAGCCUCGUCCUCCUCUUCCAGCAGGGUGGGGGUGGGCUCAGAGGGAGGCGAGGCCCGGGAGAACGGAGAACUCAAGAUCAUCCAGACCAAGAGGAUGACCCUGCAGGACUUCCUCUUCAUCAAGGUCCUGGGCAAAGGCAGCUUCGGAAAGGUGAUGCUGGCUGAGCUGAAAGGAACAGAUGAGGUCUAUGCUGUGAAGGUGCUGAAGAAAGACGUGAUCCUGCAGGAUGAUGAUGUGGACUGUACCCUGACAGAGAAACGCAUCCUGGCCCUGGCUAGGAAACACCCCUACCUGACCCAGCUCUUCUGCUGCUUCCAGACCAAGGUGGAGGGCCGUGCUGUAGAGGUGGAGGCUGAGGAGAUGGAGCAGGUUGACUCUAGGGCCCUGGGGAGCAGCGUGGAGGGCCGUGCUGUAGAGGUGGAGGCUGAGGAGAUGGAGCAUGUUGACUCUAGGGCCCUGGGGAGCAGCGUGGAGGGCCGUGCUGUAGAGGUGGAGGCUGAGGAGAUGGAGCAGGUUGACUCUAGGGCCCUGGGGAGCAGCGUGGAGGGCCGUGCUGUAGAGGUGGAGGCUGAGGAGAUGGAGCAGGUUGACUCUAGGGCCCUGGGGAGCAGCGUGGAGGGGCGUGCUGUAGAGGUGGAGAUGGUGGACUCUAGGGCCCGGGGGAGCAGCAUGGAGGGCAUGCACAGCCAUGUCUCCAGAACAGAGAACUUGGGAGUAACUCAGCAUCUCUAG